AUGGAUGGUGACAGUGAGUUGCAAUCCCCAAUUCCUCAGAACUACAAAGGAGCAGUCAAUUCCCAACACUCCCGGCAGCAUUCUGAUGCGUCCUCCUCCUUGCCAAAAGAUGACAAAGCUUCUUCUGAAGGGUUCAGCCUGAAGGAAGUAGAUUUACGUAUUGAAAGGCUGGCUGGCGGCGGCGGUGUUGAACAUAAUCGAACAGUUAUUCGCCGGAGACCCCAUGAAGUCAACGCCAUGUCGAAUAAACAAAGAUGGGAACUAAAGAGGAAACGCUGGUUGAAGCGACUACAAUUUUGGAACCCCACAGAUGGUACCGAAGGCUUCUCAGAGGAAGGACAUGAUAUUCCACAAUAUCGUUUGGAAGGAACUCGAAAGGGCAAGCGAUUUCGCAAAUCUUUGUUGUCGCUGAUGUGUGGUAGUAAUUCUUCUAGCGGGGGCAUUGGUAUUAGUCACAAUCAACGUCUCGCCAGUACAUUGCACUGGAUGUUCCGAGUAAACUUCCUAUUUUUGUUCACAGUAAUGAGCUUGGCUUUUUUCGGAUUAUGCUUGUUGUUUUCCGCCUUAAUCAUUUCGGCGGGAAAAUUGGAUGCCGAUUGCAUAAAGAUCGGGGGGAUAUCAUUCGGGAACACUACAGCUUCGUUCUUUGCGGAUGCCUUUGCGUUGAGUUGGACCACCUUAUCUACAGUUGGCUACGGGAGUACCUAUCCUGCUUUAGGGCACGAAAAUACAAAUGCUACCAAUUGCCUGUACAUUACUACCAUAUGCUCCCUUGAGUCAUUUAUUGGCGUCCUAUAUUCGGGAUUUUGUGGAGCCAUUCUUUUCGGAAAGGUCUUGCGAAUUCAGUCUCAUGCCCAAGUGGAAUUCUCGGAUCCAAUCGUCAUCCGAUAUGGAAAUGGAAUCGAGGUAACACACCAUGACGACGAAGAUGACGAAACCGACGAAGCUUUCAAGAUCCCAUGCCCGGUUUUGGAAUUCCGCGUAGUCAACAAGCUCUUUGCUGAAGAUGGAGGAGAAAUUAUGGACGGAACACUGACAGUAGUGGCGAAUGUAGAUGCUAACGAUUUUGCAGACGAUGACCCAGGUUCAACGGAUCAUUCUGUUAGCGAAAGAUUGUCCCGUGCAGAUUCAUUCAAUAGUAAGGAAUCGCGAAAGACGGCACGAAGAAGAUCAACAUUUGCCAAUGCUGCAGGCUCCGCCAUUCCGACGGGAAUCAAAGAAAUUGGUAGUGGAAUAGGAACUGGAAUAAAAAAUGUUGGAAAAGGAGUUGGUACAGGGAUCGGUCAUGUAGGGAAAGGCAUUGGUAAUGUUGGAAAAGUUGCUGGAAAGGGUAUUGGUCAGGGAAUUGGUCACAUUGGAUACGGAAUCAAUCAAAUUGGAAAAAUCAGUGGCAUUGGCGAAUUAGUGGGAAGGCGAGAUUCCACCUUUGACGAACAGGAUCCAACUGCAAAGCUUGCGAACAAACGGAUGUUCUCCAAAAUGCUUAUUGAACCAGGUGAUCACCCAUUUUUUAAACGAGUUUGGAUAGGAAGACAUGUACUCGACGACACAUCACCAAUUGUAAAACCAAAGGUGAAACGACAAAUCAGGCGAAACAAGGGAUACUGGCCUGUUCGCCUAAAUAAUCAUGAGGGAGUUCGGGAUAGUCUUCAGUUCAAUCAAAUCCUUGUGUCGCUAAACGGAGUGGCAAAUGUCAGUGCUUCUGAUGUUUACGCACAAAAGAUUUACGAUUUUGUGGACAUCAACAUCGGCUACCAAUUUGUCAACAUUUUAUACAAGGACAAAGAUAAAACUUUGAAGCUUGACAUUGACCUUCUCAACGAUGUUCGGGAACAAAAUGGAGGCGGUGGAGAACCCCUCCUUCUGGGAAUCGAAUAA